AUGGCUUCUCAAGUCACUGCAAGACAUUUUCAUCCUCAUUCGUGCUUAAAUCCAGUUGAUUCACUUCACAAGAUGCAUCUAAACCAGCACAAAGGUCUGUUGAAGAAAAUGUAUAUGCCUUUUGUGCGGGGACCUGAAGACAGACAUUUCUUUGCCAGUUUCCAAGAAAAGGACAGUAAUGCUUUUCUUAAAUCCAAUCCUUUCCUUCCUCCUGAAGAUAAAAGCUACUUUUUAGCGCCACAUCGGGAUGAUGUGCCAAUAAUCAACUCUUAUUCAGGAACUGUGAGUCCAGGAGCUAAAGCUGACUGGCAAAUCUUGGACAACAGAGCCUAUGCAUCCCUACAAGAUGGCAAAGAUAUGCAUUCUUCACAGUGGGCACCUGCAUUUCACAGGAGAGUCCAGGCUGCUGAUAGAAGACCCUUACUACUGUUGAGAGAAAUAAAUCAGGACCAACGGUGGAAUUCUAGAGCAGUACCUGAUAUUUCUCUCAGAUCAAGACUUGGAGGAUGGACAAGUCCAGUAAAAGUUAUGCCAAAUCCACCUCAAACCAAAGAAAAUUUUACACCUCAUACAUUUGUAUUUCAUGUGGACCCAGAUAUUCAG